AUCUCUCGAACAAUCAUACAGCGAGCGGUUACUUAACAAAGAGGGAAAAAAAUAGAACUAAAAUGAUGAAAGGAGCUACUUCUUCAUCAAUGGUUACAGUGUUGUUUAUUGCCGUGGCAAUGAUUCAGCUGGCGGUUGCCGGCCGGCCUGCAGGAGGAGGAGAAGAGGGCAUUAUUAGCUGUGGGCAAGUGGAUUCCUACUUGAUACCUUGCGUUCCUUACCUCACCACUGGCGCCGGCGACCCUGCACCCAAGUGCUGCGACGGAGUGCGUAGCUUGAAGGCCAACACCGCCACCGUGGACGACCGCAGAGCUGCCUGUGGCUGUGUCAAGGCCGCCGCCGGGCGUUACCCGGUGAAGGACGACGCCGCUUCGAGCCUCCCGACCAAGUGCGGGGUUGAUAUUGGUAUUCCUAUCUCCAAGGCCAUUGACUGCCAGACAAUCAACUGAGUCUGAGUAUUGGAACGAUGAAGAAGCUCUAGCAAAGUAAUAACUGUGUGGCGAUGGAUUAAUUAAUGUACUUUAUUUCCUAAAGUUUUUAAGUUGAAUAAAGACUACGAGACUGUACUGAGUUGGGAAUUCUUGCGCCAGCUGAUAUGUGCUGACGUGGGUGUUGGUAACAUGAAAGAGAAUGAUAUUAGAUCCAUUCUUGGAUCUCUUUAAUAACUCAGAGUUAUCAAUUUGUUUCUUAACAAUUGGAUGUGGAACUUAUAUCAUGGAGCAGUUACAACUAUUGAAACAUUAAAACAGAUGGGGUUUUGCUAAAGUCUAAGUAAAUCUAGAUCUAUAGA